AUUUUGACCGCAACUACAGAUAUGAUAUAUGCAAUCAACUGGAACAAAAUAGAAAACUUCAUGUUUGCAUUUAUAUAUACGCGAUUUUAAAUUCAUAAAUAAACAAAUAAAUGUGAGAAUUGGGAUAGCAAGUUUUUCUCGACUAGCAUUUAAUUCUCGGUGAAACAAGAUUUCACGCAGAAUGAAUAUCGUGCGAAUCAAUUCGAAAAAUGUAAUAUUUCUUUUUAUAGCGCUUCUGUCAACCUCUAUCAAAGAAGUUCAUAUGGGCCAUGAAACCAUAAGCACCUUUGCUAUGAAAGAAGGCAAUGUAAAUUCAACACCAGCUUAUAGCAGUAAAAAAGAAGAAGUAAAUAGUAUGUGUCCAAGUGGAGUAUCGUGUACAAAAUUGAGUGCAGACUGUCUGAAAUGCAAUUUAAGUUACACUUGUGUAUAUGGUGAAACAUUAGUUGCUAACUGCUCUGUGAUAGAACAUGUUGAUUGUAUAGGAGAACAAACUUUUACAAAAAAAUAUAUAUGCCGUUAUUGUUAUCAAACUGAUCACUCGGAACAUCAGUGUCAUCAGAAAAAUAAUUGUAAUUCUGUAGCAUCACCACAACAAUAUUACAGAACAAAUUGUACAGUAAAUAGCGAUAUAUUAUGUCUGGGCAGGCGAAGAUUCAUGAAAAAUUUGAUUUGUAACUGGACAGUUGGAUAUAGAUGGUCUACAGCUCUGAUCUUGAGCAUUACACUUGGAGGAUUUGGAGCAGAUAGGUUUUACUUGGGACAUUGGCAAGAAGGCAUUGGCAAGCUCUUCAGUUUUGGUGGAUUAGGUGUGUGGACCUUAAUUGAUGUAAUAUUGAUUUCUAUGAGAUAUUUAGGUCCUGCUGAUGGCUCUUUGUAUGUUUAGAUUGUUAAAAACUAAGUUAUUAUUUUAUUGAGUUAUAAAGUAUAGAAAUAUUAUUUUGCAUUGAUUUCAAAUUAUACAAAUAGUGUUGGAUCAAUGGACAACAUAAGUUAAUGUGAUAUGUCUAUUAUAGGAGAAAUUUGUUUUUGUAAAUCUAAGAAAUAUAU